GAGUAUCCAGCUCAUGAAGGACAAGGAGGUUUUCGACGCCGCCGCGCUGCCCCUGGACGACUUCGCGCAGUCGCUCGGCCUCCCGUCGGCCCCGCCCGUGCCGGGACUGGGCAAGGCGGGGGAAGACGCGGAGUCGAACCCGCUGAAGAAGCAGAAGAACAAGUCGGCGCUGCAGCGACUCAAGGAUAAGAUAAAGUCCAAGAAGCAGGCGGCGGGGGCCGCCGGCGCGGCGCCCGGGGCGGCCCGCGCAGGGGCCGCCGGCCCCGCGGGCGACUCGGAGGAGGGAGGAGGAGCUCGGGGGGAAGCCUGCCGCCAAGCGGAAGCCGGGCCGCUGGGAGCGCCGGCAGCGCCAGAUCGAGCUGGCCAAGGCGCAGGGGUCGGAGGGCGCCGCCGAAGACGAGGGGGAGCUGCUGCUCCCCGUCGGCCCAGACGGCGACGGCGCGGCCGCGGCGCGGCCGCCGGCGCCCAGGGCGAAGCGCCUGAAGAUCCGCAAGAGCGGGGAAGCCGUCGGUGC